AUGGGCCCCCGAAAAAAAGUCUCCUUGUCGGAUCCGCUUGUCUCCCACGGACGACAUUUUGGCCGAACGGUGUUUGCGCUAUGCAACUACCCUUCCCUACUCACCAAUGGCAUCUUAAGACUAGAACAGAUGGAAAAUGCAGCACUAGAGGACUUUUCCGCUGAAGAGCGGCGAGAACAUCGUGUCUUCGAACAGCUCUUGGAUUCUUAUCCCGGCCUUUUGGAACGAUUGACAAACGGGUCUGAGGAGGAAAUCCUUCAUAUUGGAGAGCUAAUAGGUAAGGGAGCCGCAGGCGCAAGAGGCGACGACACGAAAACGUUGAAGUCUGCAAUAUUAGAUUGGAUUGCUCCGAAAGGAGAGGCGAUUCAACCUCCUCUGCACAGAAAUUCGAAGAUCGAUCGCGGGUUCAAUCACGAACUUACAGGCUCCCUGCUCUGUCCUGCUGGAUUAGACUGGAACGAUCCACAGACCAAAGAAAACCUCCGAAGCGGUGAACUGUUGGUCUGCGGAGAUCAAUGGCCCGUUUUUUUGUAUGCACAUCAUAUCUACGAUGCCGAAGAUCCGUGGUGCGGUCUCCUUCGGAGUCGCUUGCUUAUAUGCGCUUACAAACACAUCUUCACGUCUCCGAGUUCGGUUGAUAGGGAACCGAAAGCUACGCGAUCCGGAAACGCUCGUCUUCAUGGCAUGAACUCUGCCACCAUCGCAUCCAUUGCUUACGUUGCAACCCAGGUCCGAUUCGCUCUAACCUCAUCUUCAGUGUUCUCAAGGACCGACACGACCACAGACUCGGAAACAUUUUAUCAUAGCCUCCUCGACCUCUUAGAAGACCCCGACGAGUCAAAAGAAGUUGACGAACUUUUGAUAUGGUGGAAUUGUCAAGUCUUUCCCACUUCUUCCGCUGCCAAGCGUAACAUCACCGCCAACAGCGCGUUAUCGAAGAUCCGACAAAAAUGUCUAGCAUUGAAACAAACUUCAAAUCUGAACGUGGUUUCUACAUAG